CGGAGAAUCCCUUGGAGGAAUCUAGUGUAACAAUGGUUGAUGUGUUGCAAGAGGAACACGAGUUGGAAGAGGAGUAUAAUGCAGUGCUCGGUGCGUCCGACGAAAAAUGCUGCACAUAUGCGCAGGGUCCUAUUAAACGACAGGCUCUUUACUCUUGCCUGACCUGUUGCCCAGAAACUCGCACAAAUUUGAACAAAUGUGCCGGGAUAUGUUUGGCUUGUUCUUAUCGUUGUCACGAAAAUCACGAGCUUAUUGAGUUAUAUACUAAGCGUAAUUUUCGUUGCGAUUGUCCCACGGAACGCUUUUCAAGUCAGCAUCGGUGUUUACUCAAUACAGGAUUGACCGAACUGCAAGCAAAGAAUUCAGAAAAUUUGUAUAAUCAAAACUUCCAGGGCUUGUACUGCAAAUGUCAUCGACCAUACCCAGAUCCAGACCGGACAACCGACGAAGUGAUGCUGCAAUGUACUGUAUGCGAAGAUUGGUUUCAUUUGCAUCAUUUAGCCGUGUCAAAAUCGGCAGCCAACCUGGUAGAGGCCGAAGCUUGUGGUGAAAUGAUCUGUGGUGACUGCAUGCAGAAGCAUCAAUUCUUACAAGACUACACAGGACUGGCUCUAAAAGUUAUUGAUGACUCAGAUGAAUCGACGGCUAAUAUAACAGUAACUGAAGAAACUUCUGUAGGCGGGGAUAAUGACAACAAAUUGCGUUCAGAUCUCGAUAAGAGCAUAUCGGAAAUAAUGAAUAUGAAUGGGGACGGAAAGGCAACACCAGAAGAAACCGUACAAUCAGAUAGUGAACCACAUGCAUGCGAUGAAGAAGCUUCUGAUGAUUCAGUUCCGAAAGCAAAACGACAAAAGAUCGAAAACCAUCAAGAAGCAGUAGAAGCAGUAAAUGAAAAUACAGAAGAGCCAUGCCGACGUCCUAAAAGAAAGCAACUAUACGAAGAAGGU